ACGCCUAAGAGGCGCAGGGUUGCGCCCUGGGAGGAUAAAUGGAACGCCGCAAGCCGAGCGAUUGCAGAGUCUUUGGUGUGCGGGGGCGGUUGAAAGGCUCCCAGAAGCUUCCAGCGGGAGGAAAAAAAGAUCACCUCGAAACAAAUGACGGCAGUCACCCACGUGACGUGCUGUGACGUAGAGCCGGAGAACCAACAGCCGAAGUAGAAACAGUUAUACAUGCUGAGUUCCAGUUUCCAAUAAUGACUGAACACCCAGAUUCAACUAUGCAAGCAGAUAUGAAUGUGAAGGCGAUUGAAGAGCAAUAUAAAAAAGCUUUUGUGUAUAUUAAUAAAGCCCUCAAUACAGAUGAAGUGGGACAGAAGGAAGAAGCCAGGAAUUAUUAUAAAAAGGGUCUUGACCACUUGCUCAGGGGAAUUAACAUUCCAUCCCAAGGGUCUGAAUGCACAGGGCCCCAAUGGGAGUCUGCAAGGCAAAUGCAGCAAAAAAUGAGAGAGACUCUGCAAAAUGUCAAUGCUCGCUUGAGCAUUCUGGAUGAAAAUGCACAGCCUAAUCCGACUGCAGUGUCCCCCCCCAAGAGGACGCCCCAGUUAUAUCCAGCAAUUCCACCCAAAGAAAAGCCAGAGAGGCCUCCUGUACCAAUUUCGAUGGUGUCUCCAUCUCAGCCACUUGCAGCUGGUGGAGGUUUUGGGACUACAAGCCAAGGGCAGGUGGCUGUGGUGUCUCCAUCUUCGCUGCCUGUUGAGGCACCCCCUGCUUAUACCCCUGAGGCCACUGAUGGACACUACACGGUUUCAUAUGGGACAGACUCUGGGGAGUUCUCAUCUGUUGGAGAGGACUACUACACUAAGUGCACACAGCCACCUCCUGUUCAAAGUCUUGGAGUAGAUGCUGAUGAGCUGAUCCUCAUUCCUCAUGGUGUGCAGAUAUUCUAUGUGGCCCCUGAUGGGCAGGUCAGUGCUCCCUCCUAUCCUGGAUACCUCCGCAUUGUGAAGUUCUUAGAUACUGAAGCUGCAGCGGCUCAGAAUCGCCCUCCUGCUUUCCUUCAGGUUUGUGACUGGCUGUAUCCCCUUAUGAACAAUCAGUCACCGGUCCUCUCCUGUAACACCGGAGUCUAUAUGUUUCCUGAUCUGAUGUCUCAGGUAUCAGGAUCAUAUGUGGGAGUAGUCUUAUCUUCAGAACUUCCAGCAGCUGACAGAGAACUGUUUGAAGACCUGCUGAAGCAGUUGUGUGACCUUAGAGUUCAGGUUCCAGGAUCCCAUGAGAGAAUAGGGUUAUCAUCAGAACAUUCAAGAUCUUACAAAGAGCUUUUUGAGGAUCUGUUAAAACAGAGAUCUGAUUACAGAGCCAAGCCUACAGAGGCUUCAAGCAGUGUCAUCAACCUGGCUGAUACUGUUCCUAUUCAACCAAUGCCUGAGCAGAGAGAGAGAGAGUUGCCUGAAUGGAGUGAGAAGGUAGCCCAUGGAAUCUUAACAGGAGCCUCCUGGGUGAGCUGGGGCCUGGUCAAAGGAGCAGAAUAUACUGGGAAAGCAAUCCAGAAAGGAGCUUCUAAACUCAGGGAACACAUUCAGCCAGAAGAAAAGCCUUUGGAAGUCAACCCAACUGUAGCAAAGGGACUACAUGUCACAAAGCAAGCUACAGUGGGAGCUGUGAAAGUCAGUCAGUUCCUAGUUGAUGGCGUGUGUUCUAUAGCAAGCUGUGUUGGAAGAGAGUUAGCUCCUCAUGUCAAGAAGCAUGGAAGCAAACUAGUCCCAGAAUCCUUAAAGAAAGACAAAGAUGGAAAGUCUACUUUUGAUGGAGCUCUGGUUGUAGCAGCAAGUGGAGUUCAAGGGUUUUCAACAAUCUGGCAAGGUUUGGAAAGUGCUGCGAAAUGCAUUGCUAAGAAUGUAUCGAAAGAGACAGUUCAGACUGUCAAGUACAAGUAUGGUGAUGAUGCUGGCCAUGCUACAGACAAUGCAGUAAAUUCUGCCAUCAAUGUUGGUGUGACAGCUUUUAAUAUCGACAAUAUUGGAAUCAAAGCUAUGGUGAAGAAAACUGCAAAGGAAACGGGCCAUGCUGUGUUAGAUGAAUAUAAAAUUGUUGGGAAAAAUGAAUUUAAAGCUAUUGAAAAGAAAGAGAGAAAAGAAGAUGGACACUGAAAACAAUGUGUGAAUGAAUUGCCCAAAGCCUUAAUGUGCUGUGUAACUUAUUUUAAAGCAAAUGGAGUAUUAAUUCAGAGAGAGUGUAUUUGUCUAACUUUUAAGGCCCUGGAGUUAAUUUAUCAAUAUUGAAAUUGGUCUUUUCCAGUAUGAAUUGUUUCAAGUUACCAUAACUCCUUUACUACUGCAAUAUCUAUAAAUGAAAGUGUAGCAGCAUUAACUUGCAGAAAGAGAUUCAGAUAUGUCUUUUCUCUUCAAAUUAAACUGAAAAAAUAGAAUCUAGUUUCAUGUAUGGAAGGACUAUUUUUGUAACAGCAUAGACAAAUACUGUACUAAUGAAUUGCUUGAACAGUUACUAACUGCCUAACUGGAUAUAUUACUUCACCUUUGCAUAAACCACAAGCAAAACAAGUCAGUCCUUUUUAAAAGGAAAAAAGGUGGUAUCCAGUGCUGCCCAUCUGCUAACAGGACCAACUGUUCAUGUAAUGGGGAGCUAUCAGUUCUAAAAACAAGCGAUUUGUAGAACAGGCCAGAACAGCGGAACUCGCUAAAGGAAACUCUGUUGGACUGUUUUGAUACUGAAAAAGCUGCUUAAUUGUUUCCAGAGCUGCUUUUUGAACAGGUAGUUCCAUUGAUGGUACAAUGGCUCCCACUUGUGCAACAGUGGAAAUGCAGUGGUACACUUGGAUACAGCUUUAGGAAAACUAGUUCCAAAAUCUUACAUAAACCAAAACCUAAAAUAUAACACUAAUCCACUAUCUCCUGGAUUAGUGGUACAAAAGAGUUAACUAACCUUUGUGAAAUCCUGGAUUUUACUGGAAUACAUGGCAAAGUUCUUGCCAACUUUAGUAUUUGGCAUUAUCCAGCCAUUUUCUGAGAACAGAAGUUCUCUUUAAGGUUGAGACUAUGUCAAAGAAAAGGUUGAGCUCUGCAUAAAAGCUUUAAUUAUGUUCUGUAUUUAUUAUAGGAUCACUCUACUGUAAAUUUAAAGUCUGUACUAUUCAGAAGUGAAUCUUGCUGUAAUAUGAUGGAAUGUAAUACAUUUUCUAUUUUGUAUGUUUACGUUUGUUUCACCUUAAUAGCAGCUGAAUUUUUCUAGUUGGGAAAUUCUCUUACAAUUGGUGUUUUGUUUUUGCUUCAUAUGUUGACAGAACUUGCUGUGAGGCUUCACAGAUGCUAAAUUUGGUAGCAUUGAUAACAUCUAUAUGUAAUGACAGUUAGGAAUACAUGCACUGUUUAAAGAGCUAACCACUUAAUGUCUUAAGUAUGAAUUAUACUCUUAAGAUGCA